CUGAGACCGAGGUCCUAAUCAUGGGUUCUUUCGUUUCCCAGCCACUUGAGCCAGUCAAGGACGUUGCGCCUCCUGAUGUCGCCUCCUCCGCCGCGCCUCCUGAGGUCGCCUCCUCCGCCAACCCCGUGCCCGUCAUUGCACCCGGAGGGCCGGCCCCUCCAGCGGAAGCCCCUCUGUUUAAUAACUGCUGGAGCUGUCGCGUGCUCUCCGGGUCCGGGCUGAUAGGGGCGGGCGGGUACGUGUACUGGGUGGCACGGAAGCCCAUGAAGCUGGGAUACCCCCCGGGUCCAGGCACGAUUGCGCAGAUGGUCUUCGGCAUCAGCAUUGCUUGCUGGGGUGUAGUCAUCCUGUCAGACCCCAAAGGGAAGGGCUUCCGCACUGGUUGAAGUACCACCAUUGAAUGUGUCAUCUCUCGGCGUCCCCAUGACACACAGAACAAGCAUGGGGCGUAUGGAUGUUCUGGACAGACGCAUGGACAUUGGCAGACUUCAGUCCUGCAGAUACUAUAAGACUGAAGAGACAAACAUAGGUUGUCAUUCAUUGGCCGUGAGUGUUUCUGGCCUUCGCAGGUUCCA